UCCGGGCGUGCGCGCGCGCUCUCACUCUCUUGCCGGCUCAUCACGCACCUUUCCCGGGAAACUCGCGUCUUCUCUCUUCCGGAAGGGAGGACGCGCUCCAGUGUGGUCACGUGACACCGCGGCGGACGGACGACGCUCUUCGUCCUCCAGCCUUUGCGGAUCUCUCGCGGCCGCCGAGGGGCCACCACGUCCGGGGAGAGUCCGAAGCUUCUGCUCCGCAGCUGCAAGAAGGUGUCUCCCCCAGCCUCAGAGCUUUCUCCAGUGGUCGCCGUCGCCGCUGUCACCAUUCCUCCACACCCAGGCCUGCCACGCCCCUGCCCCCCCGCCACAGAAGUGUUGGCUGGAUUGGCGGGAGGCGGCGACCCUGCAGCCACGUCUUCACCGCUCGCUUCGGGGCGACCCUCCUGGCCGGGAUGCCACUGUGUGCCAGGCCAGGUGGACUCUGAGGUCCAGGAGGAGGCGGCCGGGUGCAGGGGGGACCUGCAGCUGACCGGAGACAUGAACCUCUGCUGGAACCAGAUCAAGCGCAAGUCCCACAACAUCCGGGUGUGUCUGGAGGCCAUCUCCGAUACCAGCGGGAAGCUGCAGAUCUCCCUGCAGGAAGUCAUCCAAUGGCUGACCACUAAGGACGAAGAACUGUCCCAGCAGCUGCCCAUAGGUGGCGACGUGGCGGCUGUGCAGCACCAGCGGGACUUCCACCAGGCUUUCUUGGAGGACGUCAAGUCUCGAGGACCGUUCAUCUACUCGGUGCUGGAGUCCGCCCAGUCCUUCCUGGCUCAGCAUCCCUUCCAGGAACCUGAGGAGACUCCGGCUGAGGGCAAAGACGCGAUGUUGAACGUGAGCCGGUCGGUGUGGAAACAAGCCAACGUGGCGGGCGACCUGUGGGAGAAGCUGACCGCACGCUGUGUGGACCGACACAGACACAUGGAGAGGACUCUGGAGCGGCUCCUGCAGAUCCAGGCUGGGAUGGAGGACCUGGUGCUGGCUGUGCAGCAGGCAGAGGGCGUGAGAGACGCCUGGGAGGGCGUGGGCGACCUCUUCAUCGACUCUCUGCAGGAUCACAUCGAUGCCACCAAGCUCUUCAAGCAGGAAGUGACGCAGGUGAAGGAGGGCAUGAAGCAGCUCAAUGAGCUGGCCCACCAGCUGGCUAUCUCCGACGUUCACCUGUCCCUGGACAACGCCCGCGCUCUGGAGCACCUCAACAACAGGUGGAAGGUGCUGCAGGGUUCCAUUGAAGAGAGGCUAAAGCAGCUCCAAGAUGCACACAGAGACUUCGGCCCCGGAUCCCAGCACUUCCUCUCAAGUUCAGUGCAGAGGCCAUGGGAGCGUGCCAUCUCUCCCAACAAAGUUCCAUACUACAUCAACCAUCAGGCGCAGACCACCUGCUGGGACCACCCAAAGAUGACAGAACUGUACCAAGCACUCGCUGAUUUGAACAACAUCAAGUUCUCGGCCUACAGAACCGCCAUGAAGCUGCGGCGGGUCCAGAAGGCGCUGAGACUGGACUUAGUGGCGCUGAGCAACUUGGUGGAAAUGUUUCGGGAGCAGGAUCUGAGUCAAGGCGAGCGCGUGAUGGACGUGGUGGAGGUCAUCCAUGGGCUGACGGCGCUCUACGAGAGGCUAGAGGAGGAGAGGACCGUCUUGGUCAACGUGCCGCUCUGCGUGGACAUGUGUCUCAACUGGCUGCUCAAUGUCUACGACAGCGCUCGCAACGGCAAGAUGCGCGUGCUGAGCUUGAAGAUGGGUCUGGUGAGCUUGUGUGACGCCGACGUCCAGGACAAGUACAAGUACUUAUUCCAUCAAGUGUCCGGCGCGGGAGGACUGACGGACCAGCGCCACCUCAGCCUGCUGCUCCACGAGGCCGUCCAAAUCCCCCGGCAGUUGGGCGAAGUCGCCGCCUUCGGGGGCAGCAACGUGGAGCCCAGCGUCCGCAGCUGCUUCCGCAUGGCUUCAGGGAAGCCGGCCAUCGAGGUGUCGCACUUCCUGGACUGGACCAGCCUGGAGCCCCAGUCCAUGGUCUGGCUGCCCGUGCUGCACCGGGUGACCGCGGCAGAGUCCACCAAGCACCAGGCCAGAUGUCACGUCUGCAGACAAUGUCCCAUCCAGGGCUUCAGGUAUCGCAGUUUGAAGCAGUUCAAUGUGGACAUCUGCCAGACCUGCUUCCUGACCGGCCGCACCAGCAAGGGGAAGAAGCUGCACUACCCCAUCAUGGAGUACUACACCCCAACCACUUCAGGGGAGAAGAUGAGAGACUUUGCCAAGACUCUGAAGAACAAGUUCAGAUCCAAGCAAUACUUCAGCAAACACCCGCAGAGAGGAUACCUGCCACUGCAAUCUGUCAUGGAGGCUGACAGCUGCCACACGCCGUGCUCGUCGCCCAGGAUGCCGCACGCAGACACACACAGCAGGAUUGAACAUUAUGCAAGCAGGCUGGCAGAGAUGGAGAACCAGAACUGUUCCUUCUUCACAGACAGCCUGUCUCCUGAUGAAAGUCUAGACGAAGACCAGUACCUGCUGCGUCACCUGGACCAGGACUCUCCCAUGCUGCUGGUCCACCUGGAACACCAGGACCAGGAGCAGCUCCAUUGCACCUUGGCCCGCCUGGAGGAGGAGAACAGGGUACUGCAAGGCGAGUACCGUCGCCUCCAGUGGAAACACGAGGAGGCGGCGUCCUUCCCCAUGCUGACCGAGGCCGGCGAGGCCAUCGUGGACGAGCAGCAAGACGAAGAGCUCCUGGCUGAGGCUCGGGUGCUGCGCCAACACAAGACCAGGCUGGAGACCCGCAUGCAGAUCCUGGAGGACCACAACAAGCAACUGGAGUCUCAGCUGCACAGACUCAGAGAGCUUCUGCUCCAGCCCAGAGAGGAUUGGGAGACCACCGGAUCAGAAGCGUCCACCUUGUCGUCACCUGUGUCUGCAGGGGGUCAGCAGGGUCAGCAGGGGGGCGUGGCCAGCAGGGACACAGAAGCAGCAGGUGACCAGAUGGAAGAUGAGCAGGACACGGUGAUGCAGCUGCAGGAGGUCAUCGAGCAGCUGAGGAACGUCUUCCCCUCCGAACCAGGCACCACCUCACACAUCUAGCACACCUGGCCUUCAAGGCUCCACCUGGCACAUCUGGCUUUAACGGCGCAGGAGUGCCGCUCGGCUCCGCCCACUUCAGCUGCACCCACACCCAACUCUGCCCUGGCACCUGCAGGUCGUCGGGGGCGGGGCCAGACUCUGAGGGGGUCAAGCUUGAAGCUUCAGACGUGGCUGCACCGAUGCUGGACCUUCACACAGGACGUGCAGAAAAACCAGGUCGGUCCUCGCUCUCUGCGCCCGCCGCUGACCGCUUAUUAGCAACGCCAUCGCCAUCGCUUCCAUCCACCACUCCUUGGUAGAAGACAGCCAAGCCGUAGAAUAUAACGACCUCCAUUUAUAUUUCAGACCUGAAUGAAUACUUGGAAAGAGUAAUAAAUGAUAUAUUUGUUUAAAUUGAUAUUUCAUGGAUCAUUUUGCCGGCUGAAGUGGAAAAGAAAAAAAGGAAGCGGGGCGACUUUCUAUCAUCUUCUUCACCUUUGUGGACGCACUUAAUUGCACCUUAAAAACCAAAUCAACAUUCCGUGGGGUUGAAAAUAUGAAAAAAAGAAGUUGAUGUGCGACGGAACCAACAUGCGGACACUUGUGUUGGAAGCCCCUCCCCCUCCAGGAAAAGAAGAUGCUGAUGCAAGACGGAAGCAGGUGUUGUUCGGGGACUUUCACACAUCUGAGAGACAGGACAGAAAAAUCGCCAGCGUUUGUUGGCGGGCGUGACGCACUUUGACGGCCUUGUCACAAUGACGUCCGCUUUGUCACAACACAACGCAAGACUCCUUCCGAGCCUCACUCGGUUCAUUGUGCUACGGUUGCUAGGCAACAAAGGAUGCGGCCGCGCAGAUUUGUGAUGAUGCUCGUCAUAGCGACGCUUCAAAGGCGAGGAAAACCUUUUAAGUCACUUCCGCCGUCUUUUGUUCUCGUCAUCGGUUUUCGACAUCCCAUACUUGAUUUGGAGGAGGUCAGAAAUACAUCCCUCCAUCCAUUUUCUACAGCUUGUCCCUUAUAUGUUUAUUGGUGGAGGAUUUAGGACAAAUUAGAGGAGUGAGACUGAAGGUGUUGAAUGAAGAAAGUAGAGUGAAAUAUGGAAAGGAUGCAGAAAACGAAAUGAUUAGACGCUGAAAAGUGGAUUAUUAUUUGCAAGAAACAGAGAAUUGAAGAAUCCUGCAUCAAGUUAAGCAUCACAAAAAGCGAAAACGCGAUACUUUCAGCUAUAAAAGGACGUCUUAGGAAGCUAAAUGUACUUCAAAAGUGAUGAGGCAAAUGUUUAUUUAUACGACCAAUAUAUUUACACGUCCCAUUAAUAUAGUAUAUUCCUAUAUUUACAUUCCAUCUAUUUUCUUGUAUUACUUUAAAACUAAAACCUCUUUUUUUUAUUAUUAUUAGAUAAUUCCAAGUUUGGAAGCGUGUUUGUCAUUAUUUUCAUGACAUCAAAUAAUUACAUUAAAUUAUAACUGCAACAAUAAUCUUACUCUCAAUCAAGUAAAUGAUAAAUAAAUGAUUAUCCCAUAAUAAGUCAUUUUUGUUUUCUAAUUAAUUUUAAUGUUAUGUAAACAAUCUUACUAGACUAGCAGACUUGUCAUGUGACUAAAUUAUGACAAAUAUAUUAAAUAUUUCAAUAAAUAAGACUGAUGGUGACAAUGUAUUAAAUAUAUGAAUAAAUAAGACUAAUGACAAUAUUUUAAAUAUAUGAACAAAUAAGUCUGAUGACAAUAUAUUAAAUAUAUGAAUAAAUAAGACUGAUGACGACAAACAUUGCCAGCAUGAUGCAUAAAAAACACAAUUAUAUUUUGCCAUGAAUCCUAAAAAUAUUUAUUAUUACUGAAUUAACGUGUUGGUAUUUAUCAUCAUUUUAGCAACCCCCUCAAAACCUAAUGAUGACAAUGCAUUUUCACUUGAAUCCUCCACUAUAAAAUAUACACAUGCUAACCCUACAGUUUUUAUUAUUAUUAAUUUUAUACACAUGCUAACCCUACAGUUUUUUUUUUAUUAAUAUUGGUAUUUCUAUACACAUGCUAACCCUACCCAAUUUUUAAUAUUAAUAUUAUUUAUAUACACAUGCUAACCCUACCCAAUUUUUAAUAUUAAUAUUAUUUAUAUACACAUGCUAACCGUACACAGUUAUUAUUAUUUAUAUACACAUGCUAACCCUACUGUUUUUAUUAUUAUCAUUAUACUAUACACAUGCUAACCAUACAUAGUUUUUUAUCAUUGAUAUUGUUAUUUAUGUACACAUGAUAACCCUACAUUUUUUUACUAUUGAUGGUUUUUAUAUACACAUACGAACCCUACAGUUUUUUAUUAUUAAUAUUGGUAUUUCUAUACACAUGCUAACCCUACACAAUGUUUACUAUAAAUAUUAUUUAUAUACACAUGCUAACCCUAAACAAUUGUAUUAUUAUCAUUUAUAUAGACAUGCUAACCCUACAAAGUUUCAUUAUUGAUAUUAUUUAUUUACACAUGCUAACCCUACACAAUGUUUACUAUAAAUAUUAUUUAUAUACACAUGCUAACCCUAAACAAUUGUAUUAUUAUCAUUUAUAUAGACAUGCUAACCAUACAAAGUUUCAUUAUUGAUAUUAUUUAUUUACACAUGCUAACCCUACACAGUUAUUAUAAUAUUAUUUAUAUACACACGCUAACCCUACAAAGUUUCAUUAUUGAUAUUAUUUAUUUACACAUGCUAACCCUACACAGUUAUAUUAUUUAUAUACACAUGCUAACCCUACACAGUUUUUAUAUUAUUUAUAUACACAUGCUAACCCUACACAGUUUUUAUAUGAUUUAUAUACACAUGCUAACCCUGCACAAUUUUUAUUAUUAAUAUUAUUUAUAUACACAUGCUAACCCUACAGUUAUUAUAAUAUUAUUUAUACACACAUACUAACCCUACACAGUUUUUAUUAUUAUACAUAUGCACAUGCUAACCCUACAGUCAUUAUAUUAUUCAUAUGCACAUGCAAACCCCACAGUUAUUAUAUUAUUUAUAUACACAUGCUAACCCUACAGUUUUUAAUAUUAAUAUUAUUAUUUAUAUACACAUGCUAACCCUAAACAAUUGUGUUAUCAUUUAUAUACACAUGCUAACCCUACAAAGUUUCAUUAUUGAUAUUAUUUAUUUACACAUGCUAACCCUACACAGUUAUUAUUAUUUAUAUACACAUGCUAAACCUACAGUUUGUUAUUAUUAAUAUUGGUAUUUAUAUACACAUGCUAACCCUACUCUGUUUUUAUUAUUAUCAUUAUACUAUACACAUGCUAACCAUACAUAGUUUUUAUCAUUGAUAUUGUUAUUUAUAUACACAUGAUAACCCUACAUUUUUUUACUAUUGAUAGUUUUUAUAUACACAUACGAACCCUACAGUUUUUUAUUAUUAAUAUUGGUAUUUCUAUACACAUGCUAACCCUACACAAUGUUUACUAUAAAUAUUAUUUAUAUACACAUGCUAACCCUAAACAAUUGUAUUAUUAUCAUUUAUAUAGACAUGCUAACCCUACAAAGUUUCAUUAUUGAUAUUAUUUAUUUACACAUGCUAACCCUACACAAUGUUUACUAUAAAUAUUAUUUAUAUACACAUGCUAACCCUAAACAAUUGUAUUAUUAUCAUUUAUAUAGACAUGCUAACCCUACAAAGUUUCAUUAUUGAUAUUAUUUAUUUACACAUGCUAACCCUACACGGUUAUUAUAAUAUUAUUUAUAUACACACGCUAACCCUACAAAGUUUCAUUAUUGAUAUUAUUUAUUUACACAUGCUAACCCUACACAGUUAUAAUAUUAUUUAUAUACACAUGCUAACCCUACACAGUUUUUAUAUUAUUUAUAUACACAUGCUAACCCUACACAGUUUUUAUAUUAUUUAUAUACACAUGCUAACCCUGCACAAUUUUUAUUAUUAAUAUUAUUUAUAUACACAUGCUAACCCUACAGUUAUUAUAAUAUUAUUUAUACACACAUGCUAACCCUACACAGUUUUUAUUAUUAUACAUAUGCACAUGCUAACCCUACAGUCAUUAUAUUAUUCAUAUGCACAUGCAAACCCCACAGUUAUUAUAUUAUGUAUAUACACAUGCUAACCCUACAGUUUUUAAUAUUAAUAUUAUUAUUUAUAUACACAUGCUAACCCUAAACAAUUGUGUUAUCAUUUAUAUACACAUGCUAACCCUACAAAGUUUCAUUAUUGAUAUUAUUUAUUCACACAUGGUAACCCUACACAGUUAUUAUAAUAUUAUUUAUAUACACAUGCUAACCCUACAAAGUUUCAUUAUUGAUAUUAUUUAUUUACACAUGCUAACCCUACACAGUUAUUAUAUUAUUUAUAUACUCAUGCUAACCCUACAGUUAUUAUAAUAUUAUUCAUAUGCACAUGCAAACCCCCCAGUUAUUAUAUUAUUUAUAUACACAUGCUAACCCUACAAUUUUUAAUAUUAAUAUUAUUUAUAUACACAUGCUAACCCUAAACAAUUGUAUUAUUAUCAUUUAUAUACACACGCUAACCCUACAAAGUUUCAUUAUUGAUAUUAUUUAUUUACACAUGCUAACCCUACACAGUUAUAAUAUUAUUUAUAUACACAUGCUAACCCUACAAAGUUUCAUUAUUGAUAUUAUUUAUUUACACAUGCUAACAGUUAUUAUAAUAUUAUUUAUAUACACAUGCUAACCCUACACAGUUUGUUUAUUUUUUAUAUACACAUGCUAACCCUACACAGUUUUUAUAUUAUUUAUAUACACAUGCUAACCCUGCACAAUUUUUAUUAUUAUUAUUCAUAUACACAUGCUAACCAUACAGUUAUUAUAAUAUUAUUUAUACGCACAUGCUAACCCUACACAGUUUUUAUUAUUAUUCAUAUGCACAUGCUAACCCUACAGUUAUUAGAAUAUUAUUCAUAUAUACAUGCUAACCCUACAGUUAUUAUAAUAUUAUUUAUACACAUGCUAACCCUACAGUUUUUAUUAUUAUUCACAUGCUAACCCUACAGUUAUUAUAUUAUUUAUACACACAUGCUAACCGUACAGUUUUUAUUAUCAUUCAUAUGCACAUGCUAACCCUACAGUUAUUAUAAUAUUAUUCAUAUGCACAUGCAAACCCCACAGUUAUUAUAUUAUUUAUAUACACAUGCUAACCCUACAGUUUUUUAAAAUUAAUAUUAUUAUUUCUAUACACAUGCUAACCCUACACAAUUUUUAUUAUUAAUAUUAUUCAUGUACACAUGCUAACCCUACAAUUAUAUUAUUUAUACACACAUGCUAACCCCACAGAUAUUUUAAUAUUAUUUAUGCACACAUGCUAACCCUACAGUUUUUAAUAUUAAUAUUAUUAUUUCUAUACACAUGCUAACCCUACACAAUUUUUAUUAUUAAUAUUAUUCAUGUAAACAUGCUAACCCUACAGUUAUUAUAAUAUUAUUUAUACACACAUGCUAACCCUACACAGUUAUUAUAAUAUUAUUUAUAUACACAUGCUAACCCUACACAGUUUUUAUAUUAUUUAUAUACACAUGCUAACCCUGCACAAUUUUUAUUAUUAAUAUUAUUUAUAUACACAUGCUAACCCUACAGUUAUUAUAAUAUUAUUUAUACACACAUGCUAACCCUACACAGUUUUUAUUAUUAUACAUAUGCACAUGCUAACCCUACAGUUAUUAUAAUAUUAUUCAUAUGCACAUGCAAACCCCACAGUUAUUAUAUUAUUUAUAUACACAUGCUAACCCUACAGUUUUUUAUAUUAUUAUUUAUAUACACAUGCUAACCCUAAACAAUUGUGUCAUCAUUUAUAUACACAUGCUAACCCUACAAAGUUUCAUUAUUGAUAUUAUUUAUUUACACAUGCUAACCCUACACAGUUAUUAUAAUAUUAUUUAUAUGCUCAUGCUAACCCUACAGUUAUUAUAAUAUUAUUCAUAUGCACAUGCAAACCCUCCAGUUAUUAUAUUAUUUAUAUACACAUGCUAACCCUACAGUUUUUAAUAUUAAUAUUAUUAUUUAUAUACACAUGCUAACCCUAAACAAUUGUAUUAUUAUUAUUUAUAUACACACGCUAACACUACAAAGUUUCAUUAUUGAUAUUAUUUAUUUACACAUGCUAACCCUACACAGUUAUUAUAAUAUUAUUUAUAUACACAUGCUAACCCUACAAAGUUUCAUUAUUGAUAUUAUUUAUUUACACAUGCUAACCCUACACAGUUAUUAUAACAUUAUUUAUAUACACAUGCUAACCCUACACAGUUUGUAUAUUUUUUAUAUACACAUGCUAACCCUACACAGUUUUUAUAUUAUUUAUAUACACAUGCUAACCCUGCACAAUUUUUAUUAUUAAUAUUAUUCAUAUACACAUGCUAACCAUACAGUUAUUAUAAUAUUAUUUAUACGCACAUGCUAACCCUACACAGUUUUUAUUAUUAUUCAAAUGCACAUGCUAACCCUACAGUUAUUAUAAUAUUAUUCAUAUAUACAUGCUAACCCUACAGUUAUUAUAAUAUUAUUUAUACACACAUGCUAACCCUACAGUUUUUAUUAUUAUUCACAUACACAUGCUAACCCUACAGUUAUUAUAAUAUUAUUCAUACACACAUGCUAACCCUACAGUUUUUAUUAUUAUUCAUAUGCACAUGCUAACCCUACAGUUAUUAUAAUAUUAUUUAUACACACAUGCUAACCCUGCACAGUUUUUAUUAUCAUUCAUAUGCACAUGCUAACCCUACAGUUAUUAUAAUAUUAUUCAUA